AUGGUAAAAUUUGAUGAAUCUCUAGAUGUUGAUUCUAAUGAAGUUAGUUCAACUGAUAGUCAUACAUCUGAUGAUGAGAAUUCCAGCUAUUCGGCAUCCAGUGGGCAUGAUAGGUCAGAUGAUGGCGAUGAUCAUGGUGACCACCAUGAUGAUGGUGAAAGAGCGGUACGUAUUAAUUCUAUGACUGCUGAUGAAAUUCGUGGUAUGGAUUUUGGUAGUGUUGACGAAGCUUAUGAAUUUUAUUAUCAAUACGGUAAAUGUAAAGGUUUUUCCGUUAGGAAAAGUGAUGAUAAGAAAAAAAUAGGGCCUGAUGGUAGUAAAAUAAUAACAAACAAGCUUUUUGUAUGCAGUAGACAAGGUUUACGAGAUAAGAGACACAUAUCUAGGUUAGAUAGGAAAAGAGAGCACCGACGUUUGACACGUACGAAAUGCACGGCUAGGUUUCGUGUGACAUACAAAGCCGAUAAGGGUAGAUUUGUAGUGUCUGUGUUUGAAGAGACUCAUAACCAUGAAUUAACAUCAGCUAGGUUUGUGCACUUACACCCGGUUUAUCGUAAGAUUAGCGAAGCAGAUAGAGCUCAGGUUGAUGGUAUGCAGUCACGUGGAAUUAGAACUUGUCAUAUUAUGGGGUACAUGGUUGCUCAGAAGGGUGGAUAUGGUGGUGUUGGGUUUACGAAGAAAGAUCUUUAUAAUUAUUUUGAUAAAAAAAUGCGUGAUAUUGUUAAAGAUGGUGAUGUUGCCGCAUCGCUACAUUAUCUUAAUGCAAAGUCAGCUACUGAUCCCAUGCUCUAUGCUGAAUAUGCUGCUGACACUAGCAAUGGACGGAUGAAGUCUCUUUUUUGGGCUGAUGGGACUAGUAGAUCUGACUACUUCUGUUUUGGAGAUGUGGUUGCAUUUGACACAACAUACAAGAGGAACAAAUACAACCUCCCGCUGGUUAUAUUUUCAGGUUGUAACCACCAUUCCCAAACAAUAAUUUUUGGCGCUGCGUUGGUAUCAGAUGAAACCACGGAGACGUAUAAGUGGGUGUUGAAUUGUUUUUUGGAGUGUAUGGAAAAUAAACGCCCAAAAGCUGUGGUGACAGAUGGAGAUGGGGCUAUGAGAGAGGCUAUAAAAGAGGUUUUCCCCGAUUCGACUCAUCGGUUAUGUGCCUGGCAUUUGAAUAAGAAUGCAGGUGAGAAUGUGAAGAAUUCAGGUUUUCUGAAGGGAUUUAAAAAAGCCAUGUUCUCAAAUUUUUCAAAGGAUGAUUUUGAAGAGUAUUGGUCAGAGAUGAUUAAAGAAAAUGGAGUUGAAGGACAUCCGUGGGUUAUCAAAACCUACGAGAACAAGUUACUAUGGGCAACUGCAUACCUGCGGGAUAAGUUUUUUGGACGUAUAAGAACUACGUCCCAAUGUGAAGCAAUCAAUGCAAUAAUAAAAAGUUAUGUCAGAAAGAAAGGAUGCAUCUUUGAAUUUAUGCAAAAUUUUGAGCAGGCUCUAAGAGGCUACAGAAACAAUGAACUUGUUGAAGAUUUUAAGUCAAAGUUUUCAGAACCUGUGUUGACAACUCAACUACGUUUGAUUGAGAGCAAUGCCGCUAAAAUCUAUACAGCGGAGAUUUUCAAAGAAGUGAAAGAAGAAAUUAUGAAGGCCGGUGAAUUGAUUGUUAAGCAUAAAAAGGAAAUUGGAGAUACAAAGUUUUAUACUUUGACUAAAUAUUGUCGGGAUGCGUAUGAAAGAACAGUUGUUUACGAUGGUGAUACAUUCCAAUGUUCGUGCAGGUUGUUUGAUUCUCGUGGACUUCCUUGUUCUCAUAUUUUUCAUGUGAUGAAGGAAGAACAUGUUGAUCACAUUCCUAGCACUUUGGUAUUGUCGCGAUGGACCAAGGAUGCUAAAAUUGAUUAUUUGAACAUGGUGGAUGUUAAUGAUCCAGUUGAUUCCGAUGUGAUUGAGCUUGCCCGUUUUGGUGCAUAUUGUUCUGUUCUGACAUCAUUUUGCAAAGAAGCUUCUAAAAAGAAUGAGUAA